AUGCUGAACAAGGAGGAUUACCUAAUUUCCCUCUUUGACAUAGUUGAGGGGUUCAACAAUUACUGUGCAUUGUACAAGAAGAAACACUGCAGCAGUUUUAUUUUUUCUAGUAAGGUGCUCACUCAAAAUGAGAGAAAUAAGGAUACACAAGAUUUUAAAAAGGCCUUUAGCGGUUUUGUGAGCAGUAUAGAAUUUCUACAUUUUCACAUUGUGGAGAAGGGCAGCCCUUAUGAGAAUGUCCAGAGGGCAUGUGUGGGACGGGGUGACUGCAAGAGUGAGGAACCUCAGGGGGAAAUGCCUCAUUGGGAGAAAAAUGCUCGUUACGGAGAGCAAGCCAAAAAUGGAUUCUCCCCAAAUGAAUCUUACCAGAAUGACACACAUUCGAGCAGCGGAGUGAAGCAGCACGAUGGGGGUGAAAGCAAAAUAGACGAAGGGGCAAAAUCGGGGAAGGUUCACCACACGGAGGAGACAAAUGAGGAGGAUUAUAAAAAAAUUUCAGAUCAGACAAACUGCUUCGACUUGCACGAUGUAGAAAGGGAAGGUAGAAAUGAAAACUACGCGUGUGAGGUCCAUUUGUCACAGUCCGAUUACAGCGACACGGAUGAUUCAGGAAACAGUACAGAUUUGUGCGAGGAAAACAGGGACCUAAUACUUAGCCAAAGAAAUGAAACGCUAAUCAGAUACGUCACAGGCUUAGACUAUGCGCUAAAUGUCAGGAGAGUGUCCAAGGAAAUGUUAAUAGAAGAAAUUAAAGAAUUUUUUAAAGUGCAUAAUAGGAACGUUAGAUUAAGUGCGUACUCCUCCUUUUUAAGCGACGAAACUAUGAUUAUGUUAAGGAGGAGGGCCCAAAGUGAUGACGACAGUAACUGUCAUGAUGACAAUAUGGAUCAUGAUUAUGAUGGUGGUGAUUAUUUAAAUGUAGGGAGGAAAUACCGACAUAAGUGUAAAAAUGCAACCUCCUUUUUCUCCAUCCCUGGGAACUAUUUCUUUAUGAAAAAUUACGAUGACCAAAGUAGGGAUACCCUUUCCACCUCCAACUACACCAACUAUGAGAGAAGCUUAAAUGGCAUUACCGUAUACACACUGUCUAACAAUUCGUCCACUAUAAACGGAAACAACUGCAAUUUGUAUACGGACAGUGCAUUAAGUAGAAAUGGCUCUUACAACAAGUUUAGCUCACCAACAUUUGGAAUGGAAAUAGAACGCCAGAUGUCUCCUAACUUUGGUACCAUCGAGGAGGAAAAUAAAAGUGCACAGAACAGUAUAUGUAACGAAUUUGAGGGCAGUUCCUACCAACCUAAUGAAGAAACAGACAGUGCCUGUUUGACACCCAAUUUGUACAAUAGCCCAGGGAACGAAAGUGGUAUGAAAUUGAACAAAUCGGAAAUAUUCAGUCCAGAAAAGGAGAAUCAUGUAAGUGACUCUUCCCCUCAUAGCAGUGGCAGUUACAAAAAUGAUAACCGAAUUGACAAAAGUGCAAUGAAUAAAACGGGGAAGCAUCACACGUAUGAGAUUGACAGCGUACAGAAGAAAAAAAACAACCUACAUAGCAACACGACCGAUUUUUAUCAAAGUAUAAGUGACUUUUACAAAAGUAAGGAAAAUGGGAAUAACUCUUGUGAGGAAGGAAGCAACAGCUGCAUGAAGAAUAGCUCCCUCUUUUUGAAUAGCAAUGAAACGAGUGUACAAACGAAUAAUAAAAUGUACCAAGAGAAUGAAGAGAACAUAAUUAACCUAUUCUUCGAUGAUGAGCUGUCAAGCGCGAUAACUAUAAAUAAUGAAUCCUCCUUAAGUAAAGGAGUGGACAGCUGCAGUAGGCAUCUCCCCUAUGAUAAGGAUAUUCCAGAUGUAGACGGGGGCAAUUUUGAGCAAAGUGAUAAAGAUGCGCCUAGUGAGGAGAACCACCACGCUGAUGUAGAGCAAGUAGUAAAGUACGAACGGGAUGAGCGUAAAUGGAUGGAUGAGUACUGCGAGGGGGAUUACAAUAUGUUUAGGUCAGAACAAAUCAAGAAAAAAAAAGAGCUAACGAUUGGGUGGUCAAUUGGAAUACCCAAUGCGGACGUAAUGGAGAAGGGAUCCCAAGAAGAGGAACAAAAGAACGUUAAAACGGACCGAGUUACCAUUUGCCAUAAAGGCGGCCACGUUGGAAGUAACCACGAUAGUGACCUUACCACUGUUGACCAAAAUUCUUGUGACCACACGUAUAAAGCAAUUAACCUAAGGGUCAUAUACGAAAGGAACAAAGGCGAACUGAAUUCCAAGGGGGAAAUCCAUUUUUUCCCGGGUCAGCUAAUUUUGAAUAAAUAUAAAGUGGUAAAAAUUUUGACCAAAACGAAGUUCAGUACCACGCUUAAGUGUUUAAAUGUGCUAUACAGGAAGGGGGAAGGUCGGGGUGGUGUUCAUUGCGUAGAUAAUUGCACGCAGAGUUAUCCUAUGGUUAAUGGUUCAGUGGCAGAUACAAGCGAUUCCUUAGUGUUCAACAGCUCUACCAAUUUGGAAGGUUCGACAGGGGAAAGGAUUUUACGUAAAAAACUCCAUGAGAAACAAGAGAAUUGCAUCUCCAAUAAGGAACCCCCUUUUGGAGCCAAAACGGUGAGGCAUAAAAAAAAGUACGUCUGCUUAAAGGUAAUGAAAAAUGGAAAGAGCUUCCUAGACCAAGGAUUGUUCGAGCUGAUCGUUCUAAACAUGUUAUCGAAUGAAAGUAGCGAUUCCCAAAAAAAUGGAAGAGGAAACACGCAUACAAAUAAGAACAUUAUACAACUGUAUGAUUACUUUUACUUUAAGGAGCAUCUAAUCAUAGUGACGGAAUACAUGCAGAGCGAUUUGUACAAUUAUUUUAUUAAAAAGGGUAAGAUAGGGACUUUGGGGCAGCUACAAAUAUUGGCCAAGAACUUGCUGGAAGGCUUGGCGUUUAUCCAUUCCAAAAAUUUAAUACACUGCGAUUUGAAACCUGAAAAUAUUAUGAUAAACAUGAAAAGGAGGAAGAAAAAAAAACUGAAAGGAGUAGACAAAGGGGGGCACUUAGAAAAGGGUUCCGAUUCAAGUUUAGUAACGUUGGGUAGUACACAUUGGAGCAAUUCGCCUACGCACAACGACGUGUUUGUCGCGGAAAAGGAGUUCUCUUUUGCACCUAAUUUGAAGGAUAAACCAAGCAGUAGUAGUAAUAGUAGUAACAGUAGUAGUACCAACAAGGCUGUCUCUGGAGCACACAUUUUUAGCAGGGAAAAAUUUGAAAAAAUAAAAAUAAUAGAUUUUAACAGCUCUAUAUACGAAAGCGACAAGCUAGAAAUGUACGUCCAAACGAGAUCGUAUAGAUCUCCAGAAGUUUUACUACAACAAAAUUACGACAAGAAAAUUGAUAUAUGGAGCUUAGGUUGCAUAUUAUUUGAAUUUUUAACGAAGAAAAUUCUAUUUGAUCAUCAGAAUAUACAUCGAUUUAUAUACUCUAUAGCGUCUUACAUUGGACCCUUUCCAUUUUAUAUGAUAAAGGGUUGCCGCAUACCAUACCUUUUCACAAAGCACGGAUUAAUAAUUUUGAAAAAAAUAAGUGUUGACAAAAGUUACGGUGGUAACAACGUUAAGGAAGAACCACUUGAUGAGGUGGAUGACGAAUCGGUCAUGUUUAACUCAAAAGACUUUUUCCGUUUAAAUAAAAAAGAAAGCCACACAAAUGAUAUACUAAAAGGUACGCACGCAAAUCAGGGUUUGCAGUACGCGUCAAAAAGUAGUAAAGAAGUUUAUUAUGAUGUUUGCUACCCAAGUGAUAAUCUGCUAAAGCGUAAAUUUCAAAUUGAAGAUACCUUGUUUUUAGAUUUUCUCCUGUCACUACUGCAAAUCGACCCGUGCAAACGGCCCAAUGCGGAUGAGGCGUUGAAACAUCCGUGGCUGAAGCCGAACAUUUACCAUGACGGGUUAUGA